AUGGCCAAGAUCCGAGUGGCUUACGAAUACACCGAAGCUGAAGACAAAACCAUCCGGCUGGGCUUGUUCCUCAUCGUGUCUGGUAUCUUGUCCCUUUUCAUCCUGGGCUUCUGUUGGCUCAACCCGGCCCUGCAGGACUUGCAAGGGAAGGCGGCGAACUGUACCGUGCUGUCGGUGCAACGGAUCAGCGAGGUUUUCGAGUGCACGUUCACGUGUGGCGCCGACUGCAAGGGCACCUCCCUGUACCCCUGCCUCCAGAUCUACGUCAACAACUCCGAAUCCAACGCCCGGGCGCUCCUGCACCCGGACGAGCAUCAGCUCCUCACCAACCCAAAGUGUUCAUACAUCCCCCCCUGUGAACGGGAAAAUGAGAAGAACUCUGAUAUUGUAAUGCACUGGCAGAUUUAUUGGGAAGACGAAGUAGGUUCUCAGCCUUUCACUUGCUACUUUAAUCAGCACCUCAGACCAGAUGAUGUAUUGCUACAACGUACACACGACGAAUCUGUUCUUUUGCACUGCUUCCUUUGGCCAGUGGUCACAUUCCUGGUUGGAGUCCUAAUUGUGAUCUUGACCAUUUGUGCAAAGAGCUUGGCUGUCAAAGCAGAAACUAUGAAGAAGAGGAAGCAUUCCUAA